AUGGAAGAAGCAAAUGAACGAUAUUAUUUACUCGAAAAAGAAUCAACAGAAAUUAAUAAAUCUGAUAUUUUAAAUAUUUUGUCAAUUUCUUUAUAUAAACAAGGAAAUUUAAAGAGAGCUUUAAUUAUUAAUGAUAAAUUAAUUGAAUUAGAUCCUUUAUAUCCAAAUGCAACAAAUAAUUCAGAAUUAUAUGAACAAGAAUUAUUAGCUAAUGGAGUUAAUGAAGAAGAUUUUCGUUUAAAUAUACCUCCAUUAAAUAAUUAUAGAUGGGGAAACUUAACAAAGAAUACAAAUAAAACUGAUAAUAUUCAAUUAAAUAAUACCUCAAUAAAAGAAGAAGAAAAAGAUGAUUCUGUAGAUAUUGAUGACCAAUUACUUUAUGAAUCAUUAUGCAGAGAUGAAGUUUCUUUGAAUAUAACAGAAAUAUCUAAACUUUAUUGUUAUUACAAAAUGGAUCGUCCAUUCCUUCGUUUAGCCCCAAUUAAAGUUGAAAUAAUUCGAUUCGAACCUUUAGCUGUUAUAUUUCGUAAUAUUAUUGCUGAUCAAGAAAUUGAAAUAUUAAAACAGUUAUCUAAGCCAAAACUUAGACAAGCGAAAGUUCAGGACCCAAAAACUGGAAAUCCAAUGACGGCUUCCUAUAGAAUUAGUAAAAGUGCUUGGCUAAGAAAUAAUGAAAAUCCAACGACAGAAUUAUUAGAUAAACGUAUAGGAAUGAUGACAAGUUUAGAUAUGGGAAGGACUGAACAGUUACAGAUUGGAAAUUAUGGAAUUGGUGGACAUUAUGAAUCCCAUUAUGACUUUGCUUUGGAGAAUGAAGCAAUAACAGAGACAUCUAUUAAUUCAAUUUCUAAUGGAAAUAGAAUUGGAACAGUUCUUUUUUAUUUAAGUACACCAGAAAAGGGCGGAUAUACAGUUUUUACUGAUUUAAAAACUGUAGCUAAACCAACUAAAAAUGAUGCUCUUUUUUGGUAUAAUUUGUGGAGAAGUGGAAAAGGUGAUAUGAGAACGAGGCAUGCUGCUUGUCCUGUUUUGCUUGGUGAUAAAUGGGUUUCGAAUUCUUGGUUACACGAAAGAGGACAGGAAUUUGUCCGUCCUUGUGGUUUAGAUCCAUCAAUACAAGAACGCUAUGUUGGUGAUUUGGGAGGUCCAGAGCCCCGAAAAUAUCCAAAUAUAUCACCAUAUUGA